AGACAAAAACUAUGCAACCUAUGGAAGUAACCGUGUUCUCUCCCCAAGGAUUGCACAAGGACUUCAGACAUUCCCAGCCCUUACUGGAGAUGCCGGGGAUUGAACCUAGAACCUUCCAAAUGCAAAACAGAUGCUCUACCACUGAGCUGUGACCCUUUCCCAAAUAUAAAGAAUAUUUAUUUAUUUAUAUUAUUCAUUUUGUUUAUAUGUCAAUAGUUCACUUUUAUAUUUUUAAUAUUAUUAUUUUAUAUUAUUAGUUGGCACUUUUGAGAGCUUUCUCCUUUAGGCAUUUUUUUCCUGGUUUGUGUGCUUCCUAGAUUUUUUCUUAACCACAUAUGAUAUCAAAAUAUCCAGGAUAAAAAUAAAAGCCAGGCAAUUACGAUAUCUCUAAUAUUGUUUAAUUGGAUUUAGUGAUUUUAAAGUUUGAAGCCAAAUACUAUUUUCUGAGAAAUCACUCCCCCCCUCCCCCAGAUGGAAUCCAUAUGUAUUCUGACUGGUGUAUUUUUUCUCUCCAUUGUAAUAUUGGGAUGGGCUCAUUAGUGUGAUGCUGGUUUGCUUGAAUUUAACCACAGCUAGAAUAAGCCACACUUUCCUGAGUUUGGUCAUCACAAAAGUGUAGUGUAUUCGAAACCAAAAGUGGACAUUUUCAAUCUCCACUCCUAAUGCAUAAUGGAGCAUAGGUUUGCCGUGGCAUGUUCUCGUAGCAGAAAACUGUGGUUUCCUGACCGUGGUUUCCUGUUACAUGUGAAUCGGGAACAGACUGUCCUUGUGAAAAUGUGGCAGAAUGUAAGCACACUUUCUCCCAGAGUUUAAACCUUUUAGAGAACGUUGAUCCCUUCAAAAUAAGAUUUUCAACAUUUUGUCAAGUGCCUGUCUGUUCUCUGAACAAAGUUCUUGGAUACAUGUCCUAUUGCAAAAAUACUACCUAUGUGCUACAGAUGACAAAUGAAACGCCCCACCUAGACCUGUGCACUUGCCCAGGCACACCCUCUCAUGCAAGUACAAUGUGAGUUGUGAAACGCCACAUACGUCAUUGGUUUCCCUUCAAAAAGUUCCACUAGCACAUUCCUCUCCUUCAAGCAUUACACCUUACAGAGCUGUUCAAGGGAGGCGGAGUUAUGCUCAAAUAUUUACUCAUCCUUUGAUCCAGGGAAAAAUACUUUGCCCAUACCAGCUGGCCUACUCGUACUGUCUGGGCUAAUACAUUAGAUGCCUUUGGAAACAGAGUUUUGUUUGAGGAAUUUUCCGUACACUGAACAGAGCAUUUGAGAGGCAGCUGGGACAGAACAGGCAUGCCAGAGUCACCUUUGCACUCAGCGCUUAAGAAGGGAGAUCAGUUCCUGAGGUUUGGGUUACUCAGUUCUCUAACACCGUUCUGUGCUGUAGGUGCAUCUACCUAUUUAUCUCCCUUUGAAGGAGCCUCUGCACCCCCUUAUGAGCUGAUGGACAACAGCCCUCUGGAUGAAAAGACAAGCACAGAAGAUUCUGAAAACAAGUCCUUUUCUGACAUACCUGACCAGCUGAACCAUAAAGAACAUGAGGAACUCCCUCCACAUCUACGAGAGGAGAACAUCCUCUUUGUUUCUGAGCAAGAUGUUAAAGAAGCCUUUCUACAGUAUGCAGCCAGGAAGCGUUUCUAUAGGACCGCCCCUGCAAAGCAUAUGAAAGUCCAGAAUCUCACAUGUCUCAACACAUACAAAUAUCGUCUGGAGACUUUCACUGAAAUGAGAUACACACACUUGGCCAGUGAGCUUUAUAAUGGUGGAUUUGUAGACUCUCCUGAUGUUUCACCCCCACCUGCCCCAUGGGAAAUAAUAGUGGAUCCACCUCCUCUGUUUACAGACUGUGAAAUGAAUAUCCCAGUACCCCACUCUUAUUCAGUAGAGAACUGUCCAAACUGUAAAGGACGCGGGGCAAUCAUGUGCCAAUCUUGUAAAGGAACUGGCAAGAAAAAGUGUUCGGCUUGUCUUGGGACUGGGACUAGUACACUGGAAGAUAACAAUAUAUGCACAUGGUGUUCAGGUACAGGAGACAAUCGUUGCUUCAGCUGUCGUAGCAAUGGGUGGCUGAAGUGUUACCGUUGCAAUGGGGAUGGUGUCUUGCUGUUUCAUACUCAGCUUACGAUAACUUGGAAGAACAAUGUUUUAGAACAUGUAGCAGACAAGAAUUCUGGUCUCCCUCUUCACCAUUUGCAGGAAGUGACAGGGAAAAAAAUACUCAGUGAUGAACACAACUCGGUAUUUCCCAUCGUUGAUUUCCCAGAGCCAUCCAUUGAUGAGUAUUCACAAGCAUGCAUUGCACAACACAGAAUGCAGUUUACCUCAGAAGGUUUGCACAGAAUCCUCAGGCAGAAACAAACAAUUGUGUUGGUGCCACUCACAAAAGCUGAAUAUGAAUGGAAAGGGAAGGUCUAUUCCUUCUACAUCUUUGGCAAUGAGAAAAAAGUAUAUACCAAAGACUAUCCAGGAAAGUGCUGUUGCUCCAUCAUGUGACACAAGAGCUGUUUCAGUGGCAUUCAGCAACACAACUACUUCCAGUUAUUUGUUCUUCACAGCAUCUUGCAAGAUUUCUCUAUGCUUGAAGGCAUUAUUCCCAGAGCAAUAUUUAGAAGUUGAAGUUGUUCCUGGAUGCUAUUUGUGUCAGUUGGACUUUUGUUUUGAAUGCAUGGCUGUGUUGGCUGUGCUUUUUGAUUGGGGAGAUGAAGGAAAUCAUUUGCUCUCACGCACCUUAAGAAACUGGGCUAAUACAUUAUACCACAGAGGUUUGAUACUUUCCCUUCUGUGGUUGUAAAUUAGGAUACAUCAGGCUAAGUAUCCUGUAUGCUUCCUGCGGAAGUAUAAGCAGAUCAGAAUGAAAUUUAUUCUGACCUUGGGCAUCAUCUUGUACAAAUCUUUGCAGUGAUUUACUUUCCUCUUUGGCAAAAGGUUAAGAUAUCUUCCAUCUUAAAGAACAGGGCCUUCCUAAACAAGUCAAGUAAGCAAGGGAUUCAGAGAGAGAGAGAGAGAGAGAACUUUUUCACGUGUCUCAUACUAUAAAAGAUGUUCUUCUCUCCCCCCCAUGCCCUUUUAGCAUCUGAUUGUACAAAUGCCACAUUUAGCAGCAUUUAUCUAGAGCAGGGAUGGAGAAGCUGUGGCCCUUAGAUAUUGCCGGAUUACAACUCCCAUCAUUCCUGGCCAUUGGCCAACCUGGCAAUGGAUGACCCAACAACACCUGGCAGACCACAGAUUCCCCAUUCCUGAUAUGAAAGAUCAUAGCUGCAGCUGCCAUGGAGCUUACUCUGAUGUUAUGUAACUGAAGAAUUCAAGGAGAAAAUGUUUGGAGAACUGAGUCUUAGCUGCCAGUUCUUGUGAUCAAAUGCCCAGGCACUAGGUGCUCAGCAAUUUCUGUGUUCAAAUGCCAGUAUUAAGCCAACAAGCAUCUUGCCAAUAUUGCCAGUAUUAAGCCAACAAGAAGUAUAUUGAUCACUCCAGAGGAGAGUGAGUUGGCAGAAUGAGUUACUCUUCCAUUGUGAAACUUUUUUUGAGACUGUGUCUCUAGUGGUGGUAUACUCUUAAGCAACUCUGUGGGUUAAAUUCCCACUCAUCCAUGACAUUUCCUGGGUGACCAUGUGCCAAUUACCUUCCCUCAACCUAUCCUAUCUUACAAGGUUGUUGGGAGAUAAAGGGAGCAGGACAUUAUAUUCACCACCCUUUGCUCCUUGAAAGGAGGGUGGGAUUAAAGAAAAAAAUAUUAAUAAAUGAAUAAAUAUAUGACUAUAAAAUUAUUCAUGUGGCCUAAUCCCAUGUGUUGAAAUCAAUGGGUUAUAUGUACUCUUAGGAAUUCAUAAUUCAAGAUCCCCACAGAAUGCAUUGUCUAGGACUCCAAUUUUACAAUGUGAGGUAAUUGGAUUAGAAACUAUUUAGGCAAGUGCACAUUAGACCUUAGAAACAUGAAGAGAGGCACACCUGUCCCAGCUUGAACAAGUGCUUUGUCUUAUACCUAAGUAUAUACCUAAGUUUGCCAACUUUUUGUAUAACUACUGCUCUCAUGCAUUUAAAGACAAUACGACAUGCUGAAAUUAGGCAAGUGAAGCAUGAUGUGAAACUAAGUGAUGCAGGAAAGCCCUUAACCACAGGGGAUCAGGAUAUUCUAGAGCAUCCACCUCCUCCUUCUGUAUGAACCAGCCAGGAAAGGCCUUCCUCUGUCUCUUGCCACUGAGGUGUGGUAAUUGAGCAUAAUAGAGAGAGGGCCUUCUUAGCUGUGGCACCCAGACUGGGGAAGACCCUCCUCAGAGAGAUUCAUCUAGGCUCAUCACUGUCCAUCUUUUGGCAGGCAGUAAAGACUUAUUUAUUUCAAUGUGCUUUUGAGUAAAAUAGUGUUGUGGCUGGUCUCAUAGGCAGCAGCCUUAUAUCGAGGCUUGCCAUCAGUCCUUUCAGCUCUGUAUUGUCUUUACACUGACUGCCAGGUUUUCAGACAGAAGUCUUUAGCAGCCCUACAUGGAGAUGCCAGGAACUGAACCUGGGACUUUCUGCAGGAAAAGUGUGCACUCUGCUGCCUCUCUUCAAAACAUUUUAACUGCUGCUGUUUUAAUAAUUUUACUGUUUGUCUUAUUUGCAGUUUUAACUUUAAACUGUGAGUUGCCUUGAAUACAGUUUCUGUAGAAAGGCAGUACAGUAUAUAUAAAUUAUUGUAAUAAAUAAAAGUUUUGCUUACUUAA